AUGACAAAAGAGACAAUCAAAAUUGUGGUUUGUGGUGAUGAUAAUGUGGGUAAAACAAGUUUGUUAGUAAGCUUAAUAAAAAAUAAAUUUGUAUCGAAUUUACAAGAUGUAAUAAGUCCCAUUACAAUACCUCGAGAUUUCUCAUCAAAUGCAAAUUCUUCGUUUAGUACGGUUAUAAUUGAUACGAACAAUGAAGAUAUACAAGCUUUACACACUACUUUAAAAUUGGCAGAUGUUAUCUGGCUUGUAUAUUCAGACCAUGACUCUUACGAAAGGAUAUCCUUCCAUUGGAUGAUGAUGUUUAGGUCUUUAGGGCUCAAUAUACCUAUUAUAUUAUGUAAAAAUAAAUGUGAUACUCCAAUCAGUAAUGAUGCUAAUGUAAAUGAGACUGUGAACAGAACAGUUACUACAAUAACAAAUCAAACUCGUGAAAACAACGGUAAUAUUCAAGAUACAAAAGUUGAAGAUGAAGAAUUUAUCCCUAUUUUAAUGGAAUUUAAAGAAAUAGACACAUGUAUCAAAGCAUCUGCAAAGACUAAAUACAAUGUCAAUCAAGCAUUUUAUUUAUGUCAAAGGGCUAUCAUUUAUCCAAUUACACCUUUAUUUGAUGCAAGAUGCGGAGACUUGAAACCUUUAGCAAUAGGGGCUUUACAAAGAAUCUUUCUCUUAUGUGAUAAUGAUCAAGAUGGAUUUUUAAAUGAUGAUGAGAUGAAUUAUUUACAAAGAAAAUGUUUCCGUAAAGAAAUUGCUAUUAGUGAAUUGGAAUACAUAAAACAAAAUCUUUUAAUCACUCAAAGAAAUAGUUAUCAUGAAGAACUCGAGUAUGCAUCAGUCAGCAACUAUAACAAUUUUCAUGACUCUACGACCAAAAGUGAAGAUUCCUAUUUUGGUGAUAUUCACUAUCCUCUUUAUGUGCCAGGAGCUGGUAUUACUAUUAAGGGGUUUUUGGCAUUGAAUAAGAUGUAUGUUGAAAAGGGGAGACAUGAAACAAUUUGGGGUAUAUUAAGAGCUUUUAAAUAUACUAAUUCUUUAUCACUAGAUGAUACUUAUCUUCACCCUAAGGUUAGUGUACCAAAUUCAGCUAGCGUCGAAUUGAGUCCUAAGGGAUAUAGAUUUCUAGUAAGCCUAUUUGUUAAAUUUGACAGAAAUAAAGAUGGUGGAUUAGAUGAUAAUGAGCUUGAAGCUAUGUUCAAAACUACACCAGGUUUACCUAAGUUAUGGUUGGCCUCGAAUUUUCCUUAUUCUACUGUGAUAAAUAAUAGAGGAUUUAUCACUUUACAAGGUUGGUUAGCGCAAUGGGCGAUGACAACAUACUUAGACUAUACAGUUGUCACUGAAUAUUUGGUUUAUUUUGGUUUUGAAGAAGAUACUAGAUUAGCAUUACAAAUUACAAAAGCAAGAAAACAUAGAAGAAGACAGGGGAAAAUAUAUAGAUCAUCAGUUUCAGAUCGUAAAGUAUUUAACUGUUUUGUCUUUGGAAAAAAAUUCAGUGGUAAGACAACUUUGUUAGAGAUGUUUUUAGGAAGACAAUUUUCAGAUAACUAUGAGCCGAUGAUAAUGCCUCAUAUUGCAGUUAAUAGUUUAGAACUUAAAGGUGGGAAGCAGUACUAUUUGAUUUUGCAAGAAUUUAUUGAGACCAAUGAAGAAUUAAUUUUAAAUAAGGAAAAAUUGAAAACUUGUGACGUAUUAUGCCUAACCUAUGAUUCAAGUGAUCCUGAUUCAUUUUCAUACAUUUUGGAAUUAUUUAACAGAUAUGAAGAUAUUAAACGUCUACCUAUCAUUAUUGUUGGACUCAAAGCCGAUUUAGAUAAGCAACAGCAAAGGUGUUAUACGCAACCUGAUGAUUUUUGUGAAAAAAUGUUUCUAAAUCAUCCAUUACACAUAUCUUCUAAAUGGUUAAGUUCCUUAAAUGAGCUAUUUAUUAAAAUCACUGAAGCUGCACUAGUGCCAGAGGACAACACCCCGGAUUUACCAGAAAAAGUCAAGAAAACAAUCACUGAUAUAGAUUAUCGACAAACUGCUGUCAUUUUAGGAUCUUCAAUGGGUUUCAUAACUUUGCUGUCAUAUACUUUGUAUAAAUUGGCCAAAAACAAGUUAGAUCAGAAGUAA